AUGGCCAUCACCAGCGCCGUCUCGGACCUUCUUAGCUCCAUCCGUGAGCUCCUCGCUUCCGUCUUUGGCACCGCCUACGCCAUCAUCCACUCCUUCGUCGCCAGCAUUCUAGGCCUCUUCACCGGCUUCUUUGCCUUCCUUGGUGAUCUUGGCAAGGGCGUGUUUGACGUUGCCGGGGGUGUGGGCAAGUUUGUCGCUGGAAAUGCCGCGAUCAUCGCCGUUCUUGGUGCCGCGUACCUUGCCUAUGGGCGCUUCGUCAAGCAGCCACAGCAGGGCCGUAAGCCGGCUGUUGUAAACGGCGCCGGGGCCGGGAAGAAGACCAAUUAA